GUGGAGGGGAGGGGGUUGUGGGCAGUGAAUUGGUGCAGGAUCCCGAGUCUCGGGUGGUCUCAGUGUAGCCAUGCCCGACGGCCGAGGCUCAUACUGGGGCCUGCGUGCUGGAGCUGCCAUCGGCUCGCGUACUGUGAACCUCGCCGCGGACUUUGUGAUGCAGCAAUCGCGCCCGUCUGACAGCGGAGACGGGACCGGGUGCGGCCUGGGCUCGGAGGUGCCGAGAUUCGGGGGUCUGGCUUCUGGGCCAGAGCUGGGCCAGUGUGGCGUCUCAUGCACGUUGUUUGCCAACGCUGCUCGCUGAGUCGCCAUGGAAGCGAAUCCAGCCUGCGAGAGCCGCAAUUGUUUGCUUCAUCCUCCCCAUGUGGGUUGAAGCAAAUUGAGACCCGCCUGGUGCCUGUGCGAGUGGUAGGGUGGGGGACACAAGGCAAACGUGUUGAAUACAGGGAGCCAGUGAGGCAGCAACUGCUGUUCGAUUGUAUUUAUUCCCUUGUAUUAUAUGUAUUAUAAGGUGAGAACCAGACUAGCACAGUGAAACGCAUACAGUAGCAUAGCAGAUGUGACCUGGGAAGGUCAGCAUUUAUUGUCCACCUCUGAUUGCUCUUCAGAAGGUGGGGGUAAAAAGCUGCUUUUAAAUGCUGUACCUGUUGUAAUUUUGGAUUGAGAAUAAAGCACACUGGCCAUGGAUAUUUAGAUCAGAUGGUAUGUAGGAAGAAAGAAAACUUGCAGGCAGCACCUGGAGCACGAUUGUGGGCUUCAAACCAUUGUGAGCACGUUGCAAUGGUUCGCAAUCAUCGCACGGUUGUAAAGGAAAUGAACGUUCAAGAUGAUAGAUGCAUGCCAAUAAAACAGCUGGUUUGCGCUGGAUGAUGACACGCUUCUUGAUUCUUGUUGGAGCUGAACUCAUCCAAAGAAGAAUAUCUUCUACUUGUGUCUCAGAGCAAAUGGAAAGACUUGUGAGAGUCGAGUUGAGUCACUCAGCAAUGUGGCCAGCCUUUGAUCGGCUUUUGUAGCCAAAAUAUUAGUGUGGUUGGUUAAAUUGAAUCGCUGGUUCAUGGUGACCUCCAGAAUGGUAAAAUUGUGGGCAUUGGUAAUGCAGUGCCUUUGAAUGCAAAUAGAAAGUCAAGCCUGCUCUGCUAAAGGACGCUGCCUGUUUGAAGAGGAUACACAGCCACAGGGAAGUUUCUGAAGAUACUUUGGCUGUGUUUGGAUAGGUAACAUUUGGUCAGUAUAAAAUAAUUUUGCUUAAUGGGGCCAUUAGAUUGAGAGUUAUAUAAGUAAGUCUAAAAUAUACAUAGCUUUUUCUGGAGAGUCAAAACUUUGCUGGGAGGUGAUCCAUGUCCAAAGGUCUGAAGGAGAAGAAACAUUGAAACUGGAUUUAUAAUUCUUGAGCAGUAGUUCUAAACGUUUCUGUCUGUAAGGAAUUGUUGAUAUAACUGGAGAAUGAGCUGAAUACAUGUUUAAGACCUUACGCUCCUGACAUGGCUACUCCAUGCCCUACACUGGGUAGCCAGUGCAGUUGUCUGCCUUUGGCUGUGGAUGGGCAGCCGAUCUCUUACAGAUAUUAUGGCAGAAAAGUUGGGGUGGUAGAAACAUAUGGAGGUGAUUGGUGGAAAGUGGUAUUGGGAAACUGAUGCAGGUUUCAGGUGGCAUGGUUACUGGGAGUGGGACGGGGGAGCCGGGUGGUUAUAGAAGGCCAUGCCCUGGGAGAGAGUCUGCAAAUGGAGAAUUGCGGAUGGGUGGUAGUCAUGGAGGGGCUGGUGGAAGAGUGAGUGAGGGUAGUGGGUGACCGGAAGGGUACAUCAUGGUGGGUGAGCCAAAGAUAGCUCUAUUAGCUUGGGGCAUUAGAUUAUGGGAGACUGGAGCUAAUGAGCUAGUGUGAAGGGCAGAGAGGGAGUCCAGUGUGGAUGAGGGUCUUUUGAUAAGGUUGUGGGAGAGCAGUGGGUAGAAUGUGAGAGAGGAAGCAACAAUGUAAAUGGGAAGGUGAGUCCAGGAAGGGUAGAGAAAUCUAAGUAGGGAGUUUGUGAGAUGAGGUUAGAGGGGAUUGAGCAAAGAGGUGCAGAGGAGAACUUAUGAGAAGGGUUUGUUGUCUUCAUGAACACAAGCAUUCUCACCCUGAUACCAGAAUUGCAUUCCAAAUCCAAUUCAAGUGCUGGAAUUUGCUAAAAUGGUGCAUAUUGUUAUUAGACCAGUGUGUUGUAAUUCAGUCACAGAAAUUAUGAAAGACAAUCCAGAUAUUGAUCAAACAAAAAAACUGCUGCAGGAACUGAACAGGCAGGCAACAUCUGUAGAAGGAAGUGGCUGAUGACAUUUUGGGUUGACCUUUCUUCAGACUGAUAGUGUAGAGGGGAGAUAGCUGGUAGAAAUGAGGAGGGGAAGGCGGCAAAAACUAGCAAGUUAUAGGUGGACCCUGGUGUAGAGAUGUUGAGUGGCAGAUGAGUCUGACGGAGGGGAGGAAGGUAAAGUGAGUAACCAAGGCUGGAAGUGGCAAAGACCAGAGUGUGUAAAUGGUGGAAUCUGAUAAAGGGAGAAGAUUGGGUGUGAAAUGUAGAACCAGAGGGUGAGAUGGUGGGUGGAAGGGAAUUGGUAAGGGGGAAGGGGAGGGAGCGUGAAAGAAAAUUCCUCCUCCCAGACAGAACAGUGAUAGAAUUCCUCUGGUCCUUGCCUUUCAUCACACUGGCCUUCUCAUCCAACACACCAUUGUAUGAUAGUCGCCAGCUUCACCACCUGUCCCAUGUUCCUGUCCCCACCUUUUUCUGCUUUCUGCAGGGACCACUCUAUGUUUGCCUGGUUCAUUAAUCUCGUCCUUCACACCCAUAUACCCUUUCCAGUCACUCUCUCCUGCCAGUUCUCUCACCUCCGUUUGGGGAUUCCAACAGCUCUUCCAGGUGAGACAGGUUUGCAUGUACCUUCGCCAAGCCUGUUUAUUGUAUUUGGUGCUCUCGAUGUGGCUUCCUUUACAUUGGUGAGAUACUUUUUGAUCUGCACUUUCUCUAACUUUAACACUGUUUGACUAUAUUCUGUACUCUGGUCUUUUUCUCCGAGUCACCCUGCUGUACCUGCUUGCAUUCAUGUAUGGUAUAAUUUAACUGGAUAGUAUGCUGUUCACUCUAUCUUCAUACAUGUGACAAAAAUAUACCAAACCCUUCUCCCAUCCACUUAACUUCCUCCUUUAACUGCUCAUCUCCUCCCUGUGUCCUGCACUUUUCUUCUCUGCCCCCUUUACCUGCUCCCUUCUACUCGCCACCUCUCCCUUUAGUUCUCCAUUUCACUCCCAUCAUUCACUCCUUACCAGAUUGCACCAUUUGAACAGUUUUGUCUUCUCCACCUUCAACCUUGGUUACUAUCUCCACCCUCCCUUCCUCCCACCUAACUCAUCUGUCAAUCAGUCUCACCUCACAUGGAUCCACCUAUUAUUUCCCAACUCUUACAUUGUCCCAUCCGCCUGCCUCUUUCUACCAAUUAUCUCCACUCUACUCCAUCAUUCUGAAGAAGGGUCCCAAUCCAAAAAGUAAUGUGUCCAUAUUUUUUCCAUAGAAUUUGCCUGACUUCCCUAAUUUCCUGCAGCGGUUUGUUUUUAGCUUGUGAUUCCAGCAUCUGCAGUCUUUUGUCUCCAACCCAAAGAUAUUAUAGGUUGUCCUGAUCAUGACGAGAAUACCCUAUUGUAGGGGUGGAUGAUUGAAACCUUCACGUGGUCCGACCCAUUUCGACGAAUGCAAUCAAGCCAGCGUGCACAAUCAAAUAAGAUCAAAUAGAACAAGUUGUCCUACAACAUUAGGCUAUGCACGCCUUACGCAUGCCUAUUGACCCUAUUGUAGUCAAACAUAAGACAGGUCUUGGGAAGGCAUUGUUUUGUGGUCCUUGCAUAGAAAUAGGAAUCCUAAUCGAAGAAAUUGGUUGGGUUGUAAGUAAUAUUCUGGGAUGAAUUUGGCAAAUCUUUGUUGCCUAAGGGAGGUGAGCAGGAAGGGGAAGGAAAAAGGAAUGUAGGCCCUUCGACCGAGAUGAAUUUGAGAGCUGGGGUUAGGGAGAAAAGACACUAGAAAAUUGGAGGUGAUUGAAAUAGUUUGGGAACAGGAGAUUUGUAGCAGACAUUUGAUCUUUGAUAUGAAUCAAUCGUCUGUAAGUGCUGAUAGUUGAAGCUGGUAAUCGGGGUAGAAGGAGCUGAGGGAAGGAUUGAUUUUGUUGAAAUGAAAAGAGUAAGGUCGGUGAUUAACUGAUAUUGGAAAAUUAGCAUCUAAGCUUUUGUUUGCCUAGAAUUGCUCGUGUUCUAUUUAUAAAUCUUGAAACUGCCUUUUCCUUAUCCUUUUAAAUAACAGUUGUACACUGAUAGCACCCAAACAAAAACUUUUCACUGCACCUCAGUACACAUAACAAUAAUAAAUUAAUGCUAAACAGAUUUAAAUGUAGAAAUAAUCACCCAUUAAUGAAUGACUAUCACAUCACAUGAAGUGCCAAAUCCUCAGAGCGUGUUGCUGCCAAUCAGCCCAUCCCUGCACUGCCCGGAUGUAUAAAUGUAAAUUAAAACCAGUAUUUUCAUGAUUAUUUUGCAUAUUACUUGAAAUAAUAUUCAUUGUUUGAACUUAUUUAUAUAAAAAAUAAGGUUUUGACCCGAAACAUCGCCUAUUUCCUUCGCUCCAUAGAUGCUGCCUCACCCGCUGAGUUUCUCCAGCAUUUUUGUCUAUCUUCGAUUUUCCAGCAUCUGCAGUUCUUUCUUAAAUAUAUAAAAAAUAAACUAUCUUGUAUAGACUAUGCAGAAAGUUUUAUGCAUUGCAUGGGAUAAGGUACAAUUUAAGCAGAAAUCGCUUAAUUCUAAAUGGUAACAUGACAGUGCAAAUUAUUUACUGUAUUCUGGAAACUCAAAUCGCAUUUCAUUAGGUUCAACAGAGCUUUUGCCUUGAUGUUGAAGGCUUAAUAUACAUAGACAUUUUUGCCGGUUAUGGGGGAAUUCAUGAUGCUUAAAAGCAGAUAAAUGAAAGUAUAUUGCAAUUUCCUCAUUUUUAAUUUAUUCUCGAGGCUUACAUGUAGUCAAUGCCCUGGCAACUACCUUAAGUACCUGGGAAAUUGUUCUUAGUACCUAUUUUUAUCCUUGCUUCAUGUCCCAUAUGUGUACUCUUCAACGGCUUAAAUUUCUAUAGGCACAUACUGUUUUCCAACUUUACUAUCUUAAACAUGUUGGGUUUGGAGGAUAUAUUCUGUAUCUAUGUUAUAGCUUUUUUCAUGGGUCAAUGACUUCUAGUAUGUGAUAUAUAAUCAAAACUUUCAUGCCUGAGGAGGCAGUAUGAAAGGUGCAGUUAGAAUGACGAGUAAAAAAAAUGAUUUUGCGUAACUGUGCUAUUCAUUUGACCCAGUUAAUGUCACUGAUCAUUGACAUGUAACUGGCUAGGGAGAUUUCUGUGCAGUAAUACUUGUGCAAUUCUCGCCAAGUUGCAGGGGCUUAUUUUCUUUCCUUUUUUCAGGCAAACUGUCAGCUGUGGAGAUUACAACAGAUGGCAGCAAGGAGCGAGAGAAGCCCACCAAAUUCAUUAGAAUCUCAAGCGCUGGGGAAUCGUAUUGGUUUUCCUAAAGAAAUUUUGGCAGCUAAGGUCGAGGGGAAGUACCUGUGCUUCGAGUGUCACGGGAUCCUGAGGAAACCCUUCCAGGCACAAUGUGGUCACCGCUACUGUGCCUCCUGUCUGAAGGGGAUUGUCAGCAAUGGCCCACAGAAGUGUGCAGCCUGCAUUGAAGAGAACAUUUAUGAAGAACCACUGUCUCUUCUGGAUGCCAAUUCAGCUUUCCCAGACAACGCGGCUCGCAGGGAAUUGGACAACCUGCCUGCAGUUUGUAGCAAUGAGGGCUGCCCUUGGAAGGGCACCAUCAAGGACUAUGAGGCUGAACACGAGGGAAGGUGUGAGUAUGUCCUGAUGCCUUGUGAAGCGUGCAGCAAGAAGGUGCGUCAGGUCGAUCUAUCCCGCCAUCUGGAACGAGAAUGUCCUGAAAGAAACCUCAACUGCAAGUUCUGCAAAAUGUCCUUCCACCACAAGGAUAUAAAGGCUCACGAUGAAAUCUGUUCCAAAUACCCAUUAAUGUGUGAAUGGUGUGGGAAGAAAAAGAUUUCAAGAGAAAAGUAUGCAGAUCACAUUCGAACAUGUGGGAAGGUGAAGCUCCUUUGUCGCUUCCACCAGAUUGGCUGUGAAAUGGCAGUUGAGAAGGAGAAAUUACUUGAGCACGAGAACCAGUGCACAGUAGAGCACCUCCGUAUGAUGCUGCCGCAAAUCAUGGAGUUAAAGAAUGCAACAGGCGGCUUGCAACCCACGAGUCUGCAGCAGGGCAAUGUUAAAGUAAACCAGCUGCUGACUUCAGUUCGACAAAUAGAAGAAUCAAUUAGGCCUUUCUACUCUCUCGGUCAGCAGGCCGCCUCCUCUGAGAUGUUGGGGAAAUCCGAAAAGCUAGACAACGUCGAAAAGCGGUGCGAAGCUCUCAAACACCAAGCUGAAACGUUUGAAAAUAUUGUUUGUGUUCUCAACCGUGAAGUGGAGAGAGCCUCUGUAAGCAUGGCAGCGUAUGAGCAGCAACACAAACUAGACCAGGAGAAGAUUGAAGACCUGCUGGCAAAGGUGCGUCAGAUGGACCGUGUGUCAGCACUGAAGGACCUGGCGAUAGCAGAGCUGGAGGUGAAGCUGCAAGCCCUCGAGUUCAGCACCCACAACGGCGUCUUCAUUUGGAAGAUAGGAGAUUUCAGCAGAAGGCGACAGGAUGCCAAAUCCCAGAGGUCACCAGCCAUAUUCUCACCAGCUUUCUACACCAGUAAGUACGGAUACAAGAUGUGCAUGCGUAUCUACCUGCACGGUGACGGCGUGGGUCGCAGCACCCACCUGUCCCUCUUCUUUGUCAUUAUGAAGGGAAACUUCGACGGAUUGCUCAGAUGGCCAUUCAAACAAAAGGUGACACUCAUGCUGCUGGACCAGACCAAUCGUGAGCACAUCAUUGAUGCAUUCCGACCGGACGUCACCUCAUCCUCUUUCCAGAGACCAGUCAAUGAGAUGAACAUCGCCAGUGGGUGCCCUCUCUUCUGUUCACUCAGCAAACUGGACAGCAAUAAUAAUUAUUUGGUUGAUGACAGCAUUUUCAUCAAGGCUAUUGUGGAUUUAACAGACCUGUAACAAACCUUUAUCACCUACAGCAGGGUCAAAGAUCUCAAGCUGACAGCCUUGCUAUAUCGUUGUAUUGAGGGGGGGGGGGGAUUACUCAGUCAGCAUGAUUGCACCAGAAGUACAGGCACACUGGUCCCACUGCCACUCAGAUAUGUGCUGGACUGAGAGCUGGUCAGUAAGAAGCCCACUGCAGUCUCCUUUCCUUUUCCAGUCUACCUGCAAUCAGUGGAUGAUGUGCUGCUUGUUGCUAAACGCAGAGUGGUAGCAGGAGGAACAUCUGGCUGGUCUUUCCCCCAUAGGCCGUUUUUGUAAGCGGAAUGGGCAGUUAAAGAUGAGGUACAGUGGAUGUAUCUUGUCUCUAUCUUUCCCCUUUUCUCUCGUGGAAGAGUCGAAACCAGUGUAUUCUAAAGUGAUAGACACAAAAUAUUGGAGUAACUCAGCGGGUCAGGCAGCAUCUCUGGAAAAAUGGGUGACGUUUUGGGUCGUGAUCCUUCAGACUGAAUCGGGGAGAGAUACAGAGAUAAGGGUGCGAAAACCAGCUGGGAUGGAGAUUAAGGACAAUGUAGAAUAGAUCAUUGUUUGCUAGAAGUUAACAACAAAGCAGACAGCGAUAAAAUGUAAACGAGGACAGUCAGACUAGUUAGAGAAAUGGGAAGGGGGGGAAGGAUGGAGAGAGAGGGAAAGUUACUUGAAGUUAGAGAAGUCAAUAUUCAUUGAAGUAUGAACAGGGGGAAUCUGGGUUGCAGGUGUCAGAUGUGUUAUUGUAGGUGUGGUGGGGGGCAAGAUACAGCUGUCGUGUGCCUAUUUCGUGGGGGUAAAAGUCACUGAGAUGAUGAAAGUCUCCCAUUAACAUGCCAUAAGAACAUUAUAUUGCUUCUAUUCAGGAAGGGAGACUGGGAGUGUGCUGCACACUUGACCCAGUCUUGGAGAACUCUCAAUGUCAGCAAUGUUCAUCUCUAUUCACUCGGGUGUCAUCUCCACCAAGCCAAUUAUUGUUAGAUGCAAGAGUGCCUGAGUACCUCUUCCUACUGCCUGGCUGUUUUUUGAUGAAGGCAUGUUAUUUCAAGGAAGUGUGAGGGAGGGUGAGGAAGAAAAUGCAGAAACUCAAAAGAUGCUAGUCCUUACCAACCGUCCUUGGCUUGGACCUCAUCCUGGGAAUGAAAAGUUUGAAUCAGCAGUUUUCAGGGUUUCUGAAACUAGAAAUUUAAAAACUGCAGAUGCUGGAAAUCUGGAAAAAAAAAAGCAGAAAAUGUUGGAAAAAACUCAGCAGAUCUACAGAAAGAGAAACGGUCAAUAUUUCAUUAACUGAUGAAGAGGUUGGCCUGAAAAGACUUUCCACUGAUUCUGCCUCACCUGCUGAGUUUUACUAAAAUGUUCUGCAUUUGCUUCAGAUUAUGGAGUGCUUUGAUCGAGUUUAUUUACUCUUAAUAUAAUAUUAACUAUAGUCCAUAAUUUUAUGGAAAAUAUAUAAUUUUAGUAAUGUAUUUUUCCAGGUUGUUUUCAAGAGUGGAAGCAUGUGUAGGCCUUGAAGUAGCUGGAAGUUAAUGGAGCUGGGGGACUCUUUUGAAGAUUCAGUCUCCAUCUCUAUCUACCACACCUGGGUGGGCCAUGGUUAUAGUAGGGAAGAAUUCCAACUGGGUAAGACUGCAGUGGGAGAGAUUGACAAUGCCCAGGGCUGAAAGGAGGGUUUGGGAUGCCCUGUUUUGGCUUCGUUUUUAUCUGGAAUGUACUUGUGGAAAAUACAUAUCAUUCAUGUUGUUAACCCCCAUCUGUUACCCUGUGGAUACAUAGAGGGUAUUUGCAGUGAGACGUGAAAGAUUGAUAUGGACAGAUAAUUAUUUAAUCACAAUUCAGAGAUACUCCUGGCUGUGGUAUCCAUGGUGUACCCAUUCCCUAUACCCUGCGAAUAACACAUUAACUGUCACUGCCUCACAAGAGAAUGACUAAUUUGGCCACGUGACAUGGACCAGCACCUAUCACAGACUAGGAUCUGGAAUGAGAAAGAAUGGAUUGGGAAGAAGCUCCAGUUAAAUGAGGCUAAUAUCCCUGAGGUAGGGUAUUUCCCAGUGGUGACAUUGUGUGAAGAGGAGGGCCCUGUCUUUGUGCUUAUCCUAUUGUGAAACUGUUUAUAUAAUUGAGCUGGCUUCUAGCCAAGGGCAGGCAGUUAUGCAAUUGACUCGAGUGUUUGAUUUGCCAUCACGUUAAUUCUGUUUGGGGACCAGCCUUUUUCAUUGUGGGCAAUAUUAUGUUUAGUACACUCCACCCUGCCUGACAUUUAGAAUAUUUAUAGUGCUCUGUUUUUUUAUGUUAUUUAGUUUAGUUUAGAGAUACAGCGCGGAAACAGACCCUUCGACCCACCAAGUCCACGCUGACCAGCGACCCCCGCACAUUAGCACUAUCCUACACGCACUAUUUACAUUUGUACCAAGCCAAUUAGCCUACAAACCUGUACAUCUUUGGAAUGUGGGAGGAAACCGGACCUCCCGAAGAAGACCCAUGCAGGUCACAAGGAUAACAUACAAACUCCAUACAGACAGCACGCUUAGUCAAGAUUGAACCCGGGUCUCUGCCGCUGUAAGGCAGCAACUUUACUGCUGUGCCACCAUGCCGUCCAUGUUUUUGAGGGAAUUGAGGGAAGUCAAGACUCUGAGCAUGGUGGGUGUUUGUGGAAAACAUUGCACCUGUUGCUGAUGAUUGAUGGAAUUAUUGGAGGGCAGAGCAGAUAUUUCAUUGGGUUUAAACAGGAAAUGCUGGAAACACCUGACAGAUGAUGCAAGAUCCAUCGAGCACUCAAGCGCUCUCUGCUCUCACGCCAGAUCUACACGUGGUUGUUAGGAGCUCGGUGUUGAGUUCCCCGCGAUCGUCUCAGUCAGAUGAGAUACUACAUAUUGAAUUUGCAUCGUUUUAUUGGAUCAGAUUAAUUUACCUUGUUCUGAAGCAGAGUUGUCAACCCGACCACUAACCCCAUCUCUUUCUCACUCUCUCACACACACACACAUACACAUAUAUUACCUGACCUACUGAGUGUUGCCAGCAUUUUUUGUUUUUAUUUCAGAUUUCCAGAAUCUGCAGGUUCUUUGCUUUUCAAUAUGUCCAGGUGUCUGCUGUGCUCUGAUAUCUGUUCAUUGUGUGGCUUUCAUACAAUGGGUCUUGUAUACAAAUAAUUGGAGGAAGGAUAUGUCAAUAUAGAUCUGUCAGCUGUGAAUUCAACGGCAAGGAUAUAAUUUAAUGCAGCUCCGUGAAGGAGUGAUAUAAUGAAAUAUUUGUGUGGUUUUUUUUUAAUUGUACUACCCAGAAGAGGCAGCUGCCUGAGGAGAAAGACUGGGUUAAUAAUUGCUGUUGCUCAAUGAAUACAAUUAGUAAUAAAGCAUCAUGUUUACAAAUGUA